UGAGGCGGGCCGGCGGCGGCGGGGGCCAGUGCCCCCGGAAGAGCCGUCCAAGAUGCUGGCAGAAAACCUGGUGGAGGAGUUUGAGAUGAAAGAGGACGAGCCGUGGUACGACCACCAGGACCUCCAGCAAGAUCUCCAGCUUGCUGCUGAGCUUGGGAAGACAUUACUGGAUCGAAACACAGAGUUAGAGGACUCUCUUCAGCAGAUGUACACAACCAACCAGGAGCAGCUACAGGAGAUCGAGUAUCUGACCAAGCAGGUGGAGCUUCUGCGGCAGAUGAAUGAACAGCAUGCAAAAGUUUAUGAGCAAUUAGAUGUCACAGCGAGGGAACUGGAAGAAACAAAUCAAAAGCUGGUUGCUGACAGCAAGGCCUCACAGCAAAAGAUUCUGAGUCUGACUAAAACAAUUGAAUGCCUGCAAAUGAACAUUGAUCACCUCCAGGGCCAAGUGGAGGAGCUGAAAUCAUCUAGCCAAAGGAGAAGGAGCCAGGGGAGGCAUGACCAGGAGAAAUCGGCCCCCAGCUUCUCGUCUUUGAAAGAGCUGUAUGACCUCCGCCAGCACUUCGUGUACGAUCAUGUGUUUGCUGAGAAGAUCACUUCCUUACCGAGUCAGCAAAGCCCCGAUGAGGAAGAAAAUGAGCAUUUGAAGAAAACAGUGGCAAUGCUGCAGGCCCAGCUGAGCCUGGAGCGGCAGAAGCGGGUGACCAUGGAGCAGGAGUACGGGCUGGUGCUGAAGGAGAACAGUGAGCUGGAGCAGCAGCUGGGGGCCACGGACGCCUACCGCGCCCGCGCGCUGGAGCUGGAGGCCGAGGUGGCCGAGAUGCGGCAGAUGUUGCAGGCGGAGCAUCCCUUUGUGAACGGGGUGGAGAAGCUGGUGCCCGACUCUCUGUUCGUCCCUUUCAAAGAGCCCGGCCAGAGCCUGCUGGACGAGAUGCUCCUGACUGUGCCCGAAGCGCUCAGGAAGCCCCUCAAGCGCAGCAGCAGCGAGACGGUGCUGAGCAGCCUGGCGGGCAGCGACCUGGUGAGGGGCCACGAGGAGACCUGCAUCCGCAGGGCCCAGGCGGUGAAGCAGAGGGGCAUCUCCCUGCUGCACGAGGUGGACACUCAGUACAGCGCCCUGAAGGCCAAGUACGAGGAGCUGCUGAAGAAGCGCCAGCAGGAGGAGGACGGCCUGUCCCACAAGGCUGUGCAGACCUCCCGGGCUCCGGCCAAGGACCUGGGUGCCCUGAACGCCCAGCCCAAGCCCGGCACCCUCAGCUGGGGCCCGGCCUCUGUCACCCCAGAGCCCGUCAGCUCCCCCACCACCUCGACGCCGCCAGAAUACAAAGCGCUUUUUAAGGAGAUCUUUAGUUGCAUCAAGAAAACUAAACAGGAAAUAGAUGAACAGAGAACCAAGUACCGAUCUCUCUCCUCUCAUUCCUAAGUGAAGCGCCAGCUCCACGACUCACUGGCCUGCUUCCUGUUACCUCUCUCUCUCACUCACACAAGUGUGUGUCGACCCCAAAGCCUGAUGUUGCUCCUGACGCUGGCCUCGUUGCUUUGCUUAUUUAUUAGCAAAUGCAUAGAGUGAGGAAGGAAGGUGGCUCCUGGUGGCAGUUGUAUAAUCCAGUUCGUUUAAGCACCUCAGGAAAUCCCAUGACGGACUGGCCUCUGGCUAGCGUGAUGAAUAGGUUGCAGUUCCUUGAAAAGCCCCAGAACCAGUGGAGGGAGGAUCUGUGCCCCUGGAGAAGUAGGCCUGGAGUAACUGUAGUGUGUAGUAUAUAUAAUAUAGUGUAUAUUAUAUGGGGAAAUGGCAGAGUUGAAACAAAGCUAAUGCAGCUCCUGCUGCCUUCUUGCUUAACUUCUCAAAACUAUGUAGAAGUCAGACAGCUGCCACAUGAAAGGGUCUUUCACAAACACUGUUGGAUACCGUAAAUUCUGAAGAAUGUUCGGGAGAAAGCAGGGGUCUCAUCCAAAGCAAAUGGCAUUAACAAAUACUCCAAGCCUUUGAGUUCGUUACAUCUGCUACCAGUGGAACUGUGACUGACAGGUAAUCCUAAUACAUCCAGUCCAGCUGAAUACCAAAUUGAAAUGGCAAUCUCUGGUUAGCCCAGUUAGCUUGUUAGCAGAGCCCUGGAGGGCCUUCUCCCCACAUUCAAAUGUUUGUACUCAAAAGCUGUAGUGGCUAGGAUAGGCAAAUCAUUCUUUUCUUAAAUUCACACUAAAGGGGCAAGAUGAAACCGCACCCCCACUGUGUUGUCUGAGCUGGCUAGCCCACUGGCCUCAAGCUGCUCCUACUCACUUCCUACCAUUCCUGUACAUGUUUGUGACUUGCUGCAGAAAUUCCUAUCUGCCACUUUAUUAAACAGUGUUGAUGUCUUGACUGUGGAAAUACACUUGUCCUCUCACUUGCAUACUUUUAAUUUAAAACUAUUUAAGAAAACUGAGGUUCCAUUUAUUGUAUAUAUUUUUCUAAAAACCAAAUAAAAUUACCUAUGAAAAUGAA